GCUUGCCUGACACAAUAGAACACCUCUGGGACAUUAUGUUUUGGUCCAUCCGAUGCCUUCAGGGUUGCAGGGGGGCUGGAGCCUGUCCCAGCUGUCAUAGGGCAAGAGGUGGGGUCCCCGCCUGGAGAUGAGGUCACCAGUUUGUCACAGGGCUAAUACAACCGAGUGAGGAAGAUAAAACAAAGUAUGUCCUAACACUCCAACUUUACGUGACAGCUACAAUGCAGCGCAGCUCACAGAGGAAACGACCUGUACCCAACAACAUUCACUGAGGCAAAGGAAACAGAAGCGACAGCAGCGUGGUCAGAUCUCUGAAAUGUGCAACGCUUUACCGGAGUCAUCAUCGCAUUAACCAAUUUGGUCAACACAACCAGUACAGACAGUCAGUGAACCCGACUGUCACCAGCAAGGUAGAAGAGACCAGUCUGAAUGUGAGGUGAAAAGAGAAGACAGGAAGAGAUGAGGAGAGUUCGAAGAAAAGGGGGGAACAAAGAGAAGGUGUUUGGAUGUGAUCUGAUGGAGCACCUAAAUGCCUCUGGUCAAGAGGUUCCACAGGUGUUGCGAUGCUGCAGCGAGUUUGUGGAACACCAUGGGAUUGUUGAUGGGAUCUACAGAUUGUCAGGAGUUUCAUCCAACAUACAGAAACUCAGGGGUGAGUUUGAGAAUGACGGGACUCCUGACCUGAAUAAGGACGUGUACCUGCAGGACAUCCACUGUGUCAGCUCUCUGUGUAAAGCUUAUUUCAGAGAGCUGCCCAACCCUCUGCUCACAUAUCAGCUGUAUGACAAAUUUGCUGAGGCUGUGGGCAUCCAGCUGGAGGAGGAAAGGCUGGUAAAGAUUGGAGAUGUCCUGAAAGACCUAGCACCACCACAUUACAGGACUCUGGAGUUUCUCAUGCGUCAUCUUGUCAGAAUGGCCUCGUAUUCAUCAGAGACCAACAUGCACGCCAGGAAUCUGGCCAUCGUCUGGGCUCCCAAUCUGCUCAGGUCAAAAGACAUUGAAGCAACAGGAUUCAACGGUACUGCAGCCUUCAUGGAGGUCAGGGUCCAGUCCAUCGUGGUGGAGUUCAUUCUCACACAUGUCCCUCAGCUGUUUCCCGACCCAGAUCUAUCAAAAGAGAGAAGGAAGUCCCUCCCCUCCCCGUCAGCAUUUCCCAAGCAGGACGACAUGUUAUUAACACCUGUUCCCACUGCAGCUGCUAGCUACGGGAACAUCAGUCCAGGGGAUGGUCCUCUUCCCAUAAGACCUUACCACGCAAUCAUUGAAGGCACAGACAAGAGGAAAGGAUCCCUUAAAGGCAGGAAAUGGAUGUCCAUCUUCAACAUUGGAGGGCGAUUCCCCGACCCACGGCGAAGACACAAACCCUCAGCCAAAGUUUCAGAGAAAGAAAGGCCUGCUUUGAGACCUGCAAGAAGCAUGGACUCCCUCAGCAGCCCGUCCUAUCCAAAUGAAGGUACCAGGCGUUCUGGCCAACGCCCUCCUUCCACCAACAUGUCUCCCCUCGUCACUGCCACCCCUCAGCCUGGCUCUGACGUCACAGUAUCUGCAGGUGCACUAGGUGGCAGUGAAUAUGCUGUGACCUACCGCAGGGGAACGGGGCUAGUAAGUGGGAGUGCAGGCGUACAGGGUACCUACACAGCUCUUGAUCCAGAAGGUUUGGGGUUAGCAAGCAAUGAUACUGUCCAGUCCAGAUCUCCAGGAAUCUCCUCUAAAGCUGGUCGAAGAGCAGCCAUGCACAUCACAGGACCCACCAUAGUUACUGUGCCACUACAUAUCACCUCUAAUCUGGCAUUGGGGGUUCUUCAAAGGGGUGGGGCUGACAGGAUCAUACACCGUGGCAGAGAUAAAAACGGAGGAGACAAGGUGGAAAGUAAGGUGGGAGCAGAAAAGGCAAAAGGAGUAAUGGAAUGGAAUAUGGAAGAAAACAAAAAGGUGGAGGAGGAAGAGAAAAGUCACAAGGAGAAAAGCAGUGAAGAAGAUGUGGACAUGGCAGAGAAUACAGUAGCAACAGGUGGUGCUGAGGAUAAAACAGGAGAAGCAGAAGAGGAAGGGGGCAAGUAUGAGAGAAAACAAGCCAAAAGCCAAACCUCCAACUCAGAAGAAGAUCCCAAAGUAGACGCCAAUGAUGCUGAACAAGCUGUUGAAGAAAAUGACUACAUGGAUAUGAAAGGGGGUGAGCAGGAUUCGCUUCAGCCAGAGGGGACUGAGCAUGAAGAUAAUGGCGAGGUAGAUGAUUCUGAAAUCCUCACCUCAACAGAGGUGGGAGGAGACAACCAGAAUAUGUCCGGAUACAUUCAAGACAACUUUGAAUUCCUGGACCAAAUGGACUGCAGCGCCCCCGACCAUAUCGACUGCAGUGUUUCUUAUCAGGUGAACGAAUUCUCUGUUGAACCUCCUGGCCACUCAGAUGAUGAGUAUGAAGCAAUGGCACAAGCUCAGUCUACUCCUUGUCCUGCAGAGCCACAGUCACGCCUGCAUCCAGGCCCUCAAACACACACCCAAAAUCAGAGCGAGUCAAAUCCACACAGACCGCUCAGCCUCGACUUGCACAGUCGACACACAAAAUCUCUCAGCCUACCUUACAUGACCUCACCUGUCCACGGACCGGAGGAGUCUUUCUCUGAUGACGAGGUUACAGGGGACGAGAGUGAUGGUAACGAAUACAGUAGUGAGGAAGAUGAGAGCAUGUUUGUUAAAAGCCUUCCAUCGGAUUUCUUUUUGAACACAAUCUCCGGGUUUGAACUAGAAACUGAUGAGAAAGAAAGUUCCACUCACGAUAGAGUUCCUGUACAUCACACACAGAGCUCUGAAGAAAGAGACUGCCACCCACCGAAAAAUGAACAUUCAGCAUGUACAGAAACAGCUGCAGGAGAACAGGAGCAGGUAGAAGUGAAAGACAGAGAAGAUACAAAUGGACUGGAAGAAAACGAGACAAUAGAAGAACAAGAUGAAGAUAAAGUCCACCAGGGAGGAGAGCAGCAGGAAAACGAUACGCAGAGCGGAGCAACAGAGGAACACCUGAGCAUUAUGGAAGAUGCUCAAAGUGAAAAAUCUCUCACUUCCGAGAUCUCAACAACCUGCUGUGUAGAGUUUCCACUGCCAGCCAGUGAGGACACUGAUGAAUCAUGCACUGUGGCUAGUGUGAGCAGAAGCUGUGAUGGAGAAAAUGCAACAGAGAUAGACCGUGAGGAGGGGGAGGACGGCAUGAUAUGCAAUGAAAUGGAGGAUAUGUGUCAAGAAAGUGACGAAAACACGAGAGAAGAACCCUUGGAAGGAAAAGCUGACAUAAAACCUGACAGUAGCACAGAGCAGGACACUGCAAUUUGUGGGACACACAAUGACAUUUGGAAAGAACUCGAGGACAUUGUAUCUGAAGUGAUAGAAGAUGAGGAAAAGAUGCAGUCUGAGAGGGAGAGUGUUGCGGCACAAGCAGAUAUGGUAAAAGAUGAACAGGAUGAAGAGCUAGCAGCAAAGGUUUCUGAGGAGAAAAUGAUGGAAGUCGACAAAGAAGAGGCAAAGAAGAUAGAAGUUAGGAUAGAGGUAGAGGAGGAACCAAUGGAGAUGGCCGAAGGAGAGCAGACAAGUUUAGAAAUUCAACAAGAGUUUAAGGAUGAUGAGACCCAGAGAGCAACUCAUGAGAAGAUGGCCAGCCAAGAAGAAGCUCAGGAACAUGACGGAGGUGAAGUGCUUUCAGAGAGCACAGAACAGAGAGUUGAUGAGCAACUUAAAACAGCACCAAGCGAAGAUAAACAGUUCAAAGAGGUCGGAUCUGACAUGAAAGAGAGCAGAGAGAAUGAAAAAAGUGACAACACCAUACCAGGUGUCGAAAGUAAGCUUAUCUCCUCGCAACCUAAAAUUUACCAAGUUAAAGCUGUGCCGGUGGUGCCUCCAAAGCCGCAGCACUGCAGAAUCACCGCCCUGACCAUCCGACAGCAGCAGCAGCAGCAGCAAAGAGAGAGAAGAGACGCCGACAGAGGGAGGGACAACACGCUGAGAGUCCCAGCAGAGCAGGACAAAAUUUGCACGGGUGAAACUGUCAAGGAUGGAGACCUGAACGACGAGAGCACUGAGAUAAAAGAGAGGCCCAAACUCAGGGGAGACAGCUGGGAGAGGGAGAGGAGGAGGGACAGGGCUGAAGCCAGAAACAGUCCCCUCAGCAUGUGUUUUGAUGAGGCCGUCGCCAUUGCAACCAUGAGGCGAGAAAAAGAGAGGGUGAGAGAAGGCGAUGGAGAGGUGGAGGGGCUGGGGAAGUGAAGUGAAGUGAAGUACAGAGUUAAGCUGUGCAAACUGAUUUUCCAAACUGUAUAUUAUCGUAGAGUACAACAACAGAUUAAUUUUUUGUAGCAUAAAUGUGACAUGCAGCCAGAGAGUUAAGGGUUAUUACAUAAAUAUUACAGGAAGGAAGAUUUUCCCCCUUCAUUAAACAGAUCAGAAUAGAAAGCAGAGAUGAUACAAAGGGAGAGAGGUGGCUUUACGUGGUCAAAAUCUUAAAUCUUUAUAGUGUCUGGGUGGGCCAGGAAGUUAAUAAAGAUCUACCAUUAUGGUCCCUGAUGUUAAGAUUUAAAAAAAAACUGAAAUAGAAAGUAAACACUGAUGUGAUAUAAAAGGUGAACUGCUGUUCUUGAGUAAUCUACUAUUUUUAGUUUACAGCUUCAACGGUUUGGGUUAUUAGAUGUUAGAUUCAACUCAUUGUCAUUGUGCACACAAGGCACAUAACGAAAUGAGCGUUCCAGAUCCCUCAUCCAGAGACCAGCAUCUGCGGUCAUGCAGCCAGAGACCGGUGCUCCCGUUAAACAGAUAAAUGUGGUUCAAGUAUCUAGCCCAAGAACACAAGAAUGGAGUCCAAGCUAUUUUGCAUU